AUGUGUGUAUAUGUGCGUGCUUUGUCCAAAAACCAUAAUUCCAAUUGAGUCGAGCAGAAUCGGAACCCCUCCCACCUCGCAGAGUGAUCUCUGAAACUGAAACCCCCAUAAACCCUAGAAGAAGAACAAAGACUAGUACAAUGUCUGGAAGAUCUUUGAUUUUCUUCUCUGUAAUCCCAUUUCUAGCAAUUCUCUGCAGUUCAUUCUCUCCCGAACACCCUACUGAUCGUCGAGUCCUGGUAUUGAUCCAAGACACCGCCAUCAAAUCUUCACACUCUAUCUUCUUCAAAUCUCUCAGAGAUCGUGGCUUCGAACUAGACGUCAAGCUCGCCGACGAUCCUGAUAUCGCCUUACAGAGAUACGGCCAAUACGUAUACGACGCUCUGAUCCUCUUCUGUCCCACAAUCGAGCGGUUUGGUGGUUCUAUUGACUCAUCAGCUAUCCUGGACUUUGUUGAUUCGGGUCAUGAUUUGAUCAUCACAGCAGAUAUGGGUGCUUCUGAUUUAAUUCGUGAGAUUGCCAUUGAGUGUGGAGUUGAUUUCGAUGAGGAUCCAUCUGCUCUGGUGAUUGAUCACACCAGCUUUGCAAUUUCAGACACAGAAGGGGAUCAUACACUGAUUGCCAGUGAUGCUUUUGUCCAGUCGGAUGUGAUUCUGGGGAGCACAAAGAUUGAGGCCCCCGUACUUUUUCAGGGUAUUGGUCAUUCAUUGAAUCCCAGCAAUAGUUUGGUAUUGAAAGUUCUCUCAGCAUCUCCUUCUGCCUAUUCUGGCAAUCCAAAGGCCAAGUUAUCAAAUCCUCCAUCUCUAAGUGGAUCUGCAAUAUCCUUAGUUUCAGUUGUGCAGGCAAGAAAUAAUGCUCGAAUUCUGAUAUCAGGUUCAUUAAGCAUAUUCAAUGACAGAUUCCUGAGGUCUGGAGUGCAAAAUGCUGGAAGCUCCACUAAAUACGAAAAAUCUGGGAAUGAGCAGUUUUUGACUGAACUUAGCAAAUGGAUUUUCCAUGAAAGAGGUCACCUUAAGGCUGUGAAUGUAAGACAUCACAAAGAGGGGGAAGCAGGUGAACCUUCCAUGUACAGGAUUAAUGAUGACCUGGAAUAUUCUGUUGAGAUUUUUGAGUGGUCUGGAACAAGUUGGGAACCAUAUGUGGCGAAUGAUGUUCAAGUGCAGUUUUACAUGAUGAGCCCCUAUGUUUUGAAAACUUUGUCAACUGACCAGAAGGGUCUCUACUAUACAGCUUUCAAGGUUCCGGAUGUUUAUGGUGUAUUCCAGUUCAAGGUUGAGUACCAGAGGCUUGGAUACACAAGCUUGAGCCUAUCAAAGCAGAUUCCAGUUCGACCCUUCAGACACAAUGAAUAUGAAAGAUUCAUAACAGCUGCAUUUCCAUACUAUGGAUCAUCCUUUUCUAUGAUAGCAGGUUUCUUUAUCUUCACUGUUGUAUACUUAUACAACAAGUAGCUGCAAAACCAUGUGAUGGAGGAGGAGACGGCAGCAAAAGGGGGAUCAAAUGCCCAGUUUUGCUUUCUGGAGUUCUGAGUUAGCAACACUAGGAGGUUUAACAAGAUUUUGGGACUGCCGGGUUAUGCAACCACCAGGUCAUGAAUGUGUUGAAGAUAAUAAAUUACGGUACAUGGUGUCUGUAAACUCAUUAUGCUCUGUUUGUAGCCCAAAAAAGAAAAUGAAGAAGUUAGGCUCUGGUAAUUACAAGUUUUAUGAAUAAAUUAAGGAAAUUGCUUCCUCUUGGGUUUGAGAUUCGUUUAUAACUGUUCCAGCCCUUUUGAGUGCCAUACUCUCCUUGAUAUUCGCCUAUUUGGCUCACAAUCGCUCUUCUGUUGUUGGUGGAGAUGUUUUGUAUGUGAAACGGCGUUAUUUUGAAAAACAUCAUAUUUGAUCCACCAGAGAGGAU